AUUGAUUAAUACAGAGACAAUGUUGGAUCAUCCACAUUGCAUGUUUUCCGAUAUUUUUUUUUCGUCAGGAACAAGCAAGAGAGAAAAAAAAUAUUUCAUAUGACAAUUAAUCUGUGUCUCAGAAUAAAACCAGAGGAAUGGAGCCCCAGUGAAGCCCAUGCAAAGCUUUCUCUCUGACAGACAUCGAAACCAUAGUAGUUUGAAGUGUUUCAUUUUCGAUCAUUUGACAGAGGCACUGAGAGCGAAUUGGAAAGAUCUUAUCUUCCAAUUGUAAACAUGUUCUGAAGGUUCGGGGUGAAUAUCAAAGGUUUUGCCUGCAUGAAGUUUUUAUUCAGCUAUACAAGACAGGUGCUGGAUGGAUUUGUCAACUAUCUAUUAAAGAGGAUCUUGAUUUUGGGAGAAGUUUUCAUUCAACAAGACAAGUGGCUAGAUUGUAUAACUAUUGUCAAUUGGAGAGAACUUCCAAUCUUGCUAAAUUCCAACUGAAAUUGCCAAGAAAAUAUUGAAUCUGUGUUUUGGGGGAAAAAAUUCAAAAUCCAUAAGAGUUGAUUUCCAAAGUUGUGUCUGCAUUUUUUUUUUUUCAAUGGUUUUACUCUUGUCAAACAUGGCUUGGUAGAGGAAUGAACAUGUCUUUUGCUUCCAACUGAAACUGUCAAGAAAAUAGUGAAUCUGUUCAUGAAAAAACUCAGGAGAGUUGAUUUCCAAAGCUGUGAUAUCAGAUCUUUCUGUGAGGGGGUGCUGUGUUGGAGUGUAAUGGGUGACAGUUAUCUUAUUCAGACUGCAUUCACGUGUCUAUGGAUGCAGUUUCACUAGGAAUACAGUAGGGGCCUUUAUUGCAUUUACGUGUGAUAAAUCAACAGAUUUCAGUGCUUUGCGCAAACUAAGUUUAUUCCACCCUGAAGUGAAGAAGAUCUUUGUUUGAAGUUUGUUUUUUUUUCAAGCAGGUCAGAUUAAGUAGUAGACGAAAGGAGAGAAAAAAAAAUUGAAUUAAGGCAGCGAAAAAAAAAGAAAGUGAGGAGAUUAGGAGGAAAUGGGAAAGAUACGUUAUAUACUGUCCAGUUCACUUAAAGUCUGAAUAUCGCCUAAUGGUGGGGAGAGAGAAAAAAAUAACCAGAUUUCGUGGCUUAAUGGGAAAAGAGAGUUUGGUUGUCAGGUAAAGGCGAAGUGAAGAUAUUAUGAUGUAAUCGUAAACAGGAAGAGCACGGGACUGUAUAGGUGGAGGAAGCCCUCAAUGUCAACCUGUUGAUUAGAAUUUCAUUCAGGAAGCCUCGACUCUCUCUCUCUCUCUGGGUAAAAAGUUUGAACAGGUGUGUCUCCAGCGCCAAGGGAAUUCGGCUGACAGUUGAGCUUCUGUUGACUCAGGAGAAUCCUCACAAUGUGGCUGGAAGUGUUGCGUAACCAGCAUUGAUUUUUUAUGGGGGGGUUUCUCUUGGAUGAUUAUUCGUGAGAUUCACACAUUUUUCGUAAGGACCUGUGUGUCAUUUACACUGAUUUUCAUGGCUGUGGAUUAAAACUUUUCCUUUCCUUUCCUUGGACAGACAUUUAUUUGUUAAUUUUUUUUUUCCGAUUUGUUUUUUUUUUUUUCAUGUGUUUUUCGCAGUUAAUCCAACCAUGAAUUCUGUUGAGAGAGUUAUAUGGAACCAUUACAAUAUGAACCGGCGACCCCGUGACCCCCACCGGCGGGCGACCACAGUGGUGACCUAUAACCCCGGCUGUGAACAGGACUAUGACAACCGCUCAGACACCAUGUCCAGUGUGGACGGGUCCACUACAUUCAGGCGAGGGGGGUGGAUGAGGAAUAGCAUGCCUGCCAUGAGGUCCCCACCCAAUGUCUAUGACAAAGUUUCAGGUGUGGUAUUCCUGGUGGCAGGGAACCAGACAAAGAAGGCGGAGCUUCCUAAUGAGGUCACCCACCUCGACACGGUCCGGGCGCUGUUCGUUAGGUCGUUCCCUGGGAAACUGACCAUGGAGUACCUGGCUUCUCCCAAACAGAAGAUCUACAUACUGGACACAAUGACUAAUAUAUACUACCAGCUGGAGGACUUACAAGACAUCAAGGAUCGCACGGUGCUACGCCUGUAUGAAUCGGACAACGACGACCCUCAGAGGGUCCGUGAACCACCCCCUGAGGUCCGUGGGAAACAAAUGCAGGCCUCCAGAGAAAACACUCCGCCCAGAAUUCCAGAACAAGGUCGAAGGUCACAAACUCUUCCCUCAGGAAUGACACAUUCCUAUCCCCCAUACCAGGAGCAACAGGGUCCAGCACAGAGGGCAAAAUCUGCUGAUAGGUCAAGGUCAUUACCGAGAGGUCAAGGGCCAGAUUACGGAUACAUCACAUAUCAUGCAGCAGACAGAAUGCAGAACUCAGUAGAUAAUCCCCACUAUCAGUCCACAUCCCCAGCAGAUAGACCAAACCUUCGCCCCAUUCCCGAGCACCUUCACCACCAGAAUGGACACCAUCCUGGGUAUCACAAUGGCUCUGAUGUCAGGCGGUCCCCUCCCACCCACAGGAGCCGGUCAGCUGACCCCUACUACAGGGACUUGUCACCCCCCUCUCAUGCAAUAACUGCCCCCGGGGCUCCCCCACAGACCUAUGUGGCCAAGGGGGUGAGGGCCAACACAAUGGUGUCCCCUCUCCGGGCCACUGGGCCGGUCACUCAAGAUACAAGAGGUAUGAACAGACACACACUGGCCUUCACACCGAUGGGAGAACCAACCAAUCAGGGAACGAUGAGGUCCCAGAGUUACCGGGUCCCCCCAGAUCCCAGUCAACACGUCCCCCAGCGACCUCGGAGUGUCACCCCCCAGCCCACCCCACAGGACGAUGUGACCCAGUUUCGAAUGCACAAGAUGGAGGAGCAGAUAGCCAGUCUGGCUGCCUGGGUACAGACAGCAGUGACCAAUACAGCCAGUCGAGCCAGCAGUGUACGCAGUAGUCACACAACCACUCCAUCAGAGCAACCUAGCUCAGCAACAAGUAUUGAAGAGGCCAGUUACUUCCCUUUCAGUAGAGGUCUGUCUGAUAUUUCGGGAGUCACUCAGAAACCAGUGACCAAAAAUCUGAAGGACGGAAUCAUGACGAUCAAGAAACAGGCUUCUGACCUCAAAGGCGAUCUACGCCAGAUCCGACGCAUGCAUCAACUGAGUAAAGAGAGCCUGCAGGAGUCCAUUCACGAAACCAUGAAGAAAAUAGCGACUGCCCUACGUAGUGUUCCUGGAGCAGACAAUCAGUUGCUACGGCAACACCGAGUGGAGGCAGACCAGUCGUGUCAGACAUAUCUGGAGAAGAAAUGCAGGGCAGGCAAGGAACUCAGUGAUCUGGAGGGGGCGGUAGAGGAACUGAGAGAGGACGUGAUCUCGCGUCAGUGUCGCGUCAACAUGUGCGACGUAGAGGGCAUGGCCUUGAUGUUGAGCACGGUCACCAAAACGUUUGGAGAACUCAAAGGUUUGUCUGCUGCAAUCUUUACUCCAUCUCAUCACCAAGCUGGAUUUCCAGACAUGCAGAAAGAUUUGAAGAAAGUGAUGGCGGGAGAAAUGGAAGUUGUCGUCAAUGAAGAAAAGUUUCUGAAGGAGGAGCCGGAUUCCAUUGAGGAAGCCCUGAAGCGAUGUAAACGUCUGACAGGAACGCUGUUCACUCUUAAGAGAUUGGCGUCAGUUCAAGAACAUCGAACUCCGCAGAUCCCGACUAAACAGGUCGGAGGGAAGAUUCCGUCAGACGACGACAAGCGGGCGUUACUGGACAACAUUAAAGCCAUGGUUCCGGAUCACCAGGCACGGCUGAUGAAACUUGAGGCCGCUGAUGCAUCAAGACAACGAAAGAAGAAAAUCAUCACGCAACAAGAAGCCCUCAAGUUCGGCAAGUCUCUAGAAAUCGCCACGCGUCUGCUUAAACCUGGCAGCAAAGAAUCAGUGUCAGAAAUCGUCACAGAAGAGCAGUCUUCACACACCACUACCUCAGUCACCGCAAAACCGAAAACCGCAUCAUCGAUUCCAUCCUCCGCCGGUGGUUCUGCAACCUCAUCCGGUACCAGCUCGCCUUCAGAAUUUACCACCACGGCCAAAAAAUCAGAAGGGUUGUCGUCUUCUCAAAAAGUUUCGGAAAAAAUUGAUAAAGAGAGAGUUGAUGAAGACGACCCUCGUCAUCAAGCUGCUGUGCUGGCAAUGAAGAAAGACGUGGCCAGAGCCGCGUUCUUCAGUUCCAUUACCACACCUCCUACCUCACCUUCUCCGACGGAGGAACUGCAUUCGUUUUCUCCGCCUCGACCACUCAUGGAUUACACAGUUCACAUCACGCAAGUGAAGGAUUCGAGUACUGGUGAAACUCAGUACACGGUUACGGAUGGACAGUUUUCUCAUUCAAGCGCGACUGCUCAGUUGGUGACCACAAGUUCAACUGCUUCGUCAUCCACUGGGAAAAGUUGUGUUUCCAUGGCAACGCGAUCAAGUCCCACAAGCAUUCCAAGAAUCUCAUCCGCAGUGAAAUCCACAGAAACGGUGGAAUCAUCCAAAAUCAUGCGAAAAAUUAGGACAUCCACCCCGAUAGCUAGUCGAGAGAGUGAAAAAGCAACAAGUUCCAAAAUUCCUAGUCUUAGUCUAAGAAAGGACGGACAAAUUGAAAGUAGUAGUGGACCAGAUGUGAGACCUAAAAAAAUUCCACCCCCACCACCCCCAAGGAAAAGUAGUCGAUUACCGAGCCCAGGGGUCAAAGUGGACACUGAGAUUUCUCUAAAUGGGACAGUGUCGCUAGUUGCUUCUAAGCCCGAGCUUCCUCCAAAAGACAUUUCAAUCCUGGGCGGCCACCAAAUGCUGGUCAAAGACUCCGGCAUUGGAACCUCAACCCCAAAGUCUAGCGUUCUACCGAAACCUUCCAGUAAAUUCGAGAAAGGAAUCAUUGAAGCCAUAGCCGUGAAGAAUAAAGAAAGUGAGGGAGGGUCAGAAUCCCAGGGUGAUGUUACGGCACAAGGAGCUAAACCCAAAAUACCCAGUAAAAAACCAAAACCCCCUCCACCCCAGAGGAAAUCUAGUCUCUCCCAGCCCGAAGAAAAGUCACAAAUUCCAAAGGCCAAGGAGAAUUCAUAGAAAUACAGGCUUCAUAGUGCAAAAAAAAUCUCAGGCUGCUUCUAGCUUCUACUGAACAUGGGUGCUUUAAUUGUAUGAAUGGUUGUACAUUUGUACGACAGUAUUCUUCAUCAAACUAGCCUUCUACUGGAAAGAUGUUUAUGAGAAUUUGCUGUAACAAAAAGAUGAUAGCUUUAAAAGACUUUAUUUGAAAAUUGUUACGGUGAAAAUUGUUUUCUAUCUACCUCUGAAGGAUUACUAGUGGUGUUCAAAUCUAGUCAACGUCUACAAAUAAACAUGGCGCUGUUGUUAUAAAAGUUUGAUGUGAAUUGUGCAUGCUAUUUAAUCAUCGGAUGAAUGGACCAAUAGUGGAGACUAUGAACAUUUUGAAAUUUGAUGACAAUAUGAAAAUAAAUUAAAAAAAUUC